GGAGUCACAAUUGGCUUAAGAAUAAUUUCGAACCUUGGGAAGAAGUUUUGCUUCAUUGAGAAAAAUCAUUUUUAUAUAGAAACAAAUUGAUACAUGAUCGUAUAACUUACCCACAUCUAUGCUCAAUUUUUGACGAUUGGAACAUAUUAACAUCUUCAAUGGGCUAUGUGUUGGUAAAUAACUUGCAGUCUGGCGUAUUAUUUACUAUAAUUUAUUUAACAAAUUUUUACUAUUGAGCUGUUGCCUUGUAAUGCCGCAUAACAUUACUUGUAAAAUAAAAAUCUUUCGUUUCAUUACAGAUUGAAAAGGAUUACUUACGGUUAUACAAAGAAAAAUAUAAAAACGUUCAAGAAAAGUUCGAUUCUUUAUUUGAUGAUGUGUUGCGUUUGAGAGGCAAGGAAUUGGAUUGUUCCAACAAACUAUUGCUGGAUAUGUUAAGUGGCAAUAUUCCAAAUGAUUCGAAGAUUUUAAUUAAAAUUUAUUUAUUAUUUUCACUUUUACCAAAUAAAUCCUCGAAAGUGAAAGUUGGCAAGAAUUUCUUUAAACCAACCCAAGUUGAAUCACAAGAAAGUCUAGUACUUCAUAUUAAGAUUCCUGGUGAUGUGGAAGAGGAGAUAGAAAAUAAAAGAAAAAAGCUUCAAAAAUUUGGAUUAACCUUGCAGCCUUUUAUUCUCGUGGUAGGACCUUCUUUAACAGAAAUUCAAGCAAUUUUUGUAAGAAUUGAUAACGUCUCGUAUAAGCUGAAAACACUGUUUAAAGCUUUAGAAAUAUGUUUUAUGAGUUUUAUGGUCCUGGACUUGAAGUAUCCAUCUGCAUCAGAACACAUUUGGUAUUUAUUGCAAAGAACUGUUUUUGAUAUAAAUUUACAAAGAGACAACAAAAUUCCCAUGAUUUGUGACAUUCCUAUAAAUAUGCAUAUGAAAUAUCACUCGGAUCAACAACAAAUGUUGGAAUCGUACGACUUGAUUUAG